AAUUGUAUUUAAAGAGCACUCAGUGAGUGAGAAAUCAGAUUUCCCAAAGGACACUGGAGAAGAUUUGAAUUUUUAAUCUUCAAAGAAAGAAUAUCAAAAGAAGGAAAAUGAUGUUCAAGCUAACACUGAUCAGCCUGCUCCUCAUGUUUGCUGGUAACACUUUGGGAACAACAAUCCCACCAUCAGCAACCUUGAAUCCCACGACGACCCCGAGUCCCGAGACAACACUGAAUCCCACAACGACCCCGAGUACUGAGACAACCCUGAAUCCCACGACGACCCCGAGUCCCGAGACCACCCUGAAUCCGACGACGACCCCGAGUACUGAGACAACCUUGAAUCCCACGAUGACACUGAGUCCCAAUACAACCAUGAACUCCAAGAUUAGUCUGACUUCCAAAAUGACACCAAAUCCCAAGAUGACCCCAAAUCCCAAGACAAUUCUGAAGAUAGCAGGGGCUCCAAAGACAGCAGUGACCCCAAAGACAGCAACAACCAUGAAAACUAUGAAUAUGACAAGUGGCAGUGGUAGCACCAAACUCAAUCCAAUGGACAACAUUCAGUUUCUUUUCUAUGUAACAUCUUUGCUGUUUUGCUUGCAUUCAGGCUAAAGUGACCUUGAAUUGCCAGCAUUCUUAUCUCAGUUUGUUAUUAUCUGCUGAAUGACAAUAAGCACGCUAAGAAAAUCAAAUCUAUUUCAACUUACUACCUAAGAAAUUAACACUAUUCAAGCUUAAUUUGGAUGUUUACAAAUUUUAAUUAUGGAAGUUUAAUUAUUACUUAAAUAUGAUGGUUUCCUUCCUUAUAAAAAUUAUUCACUACCCUAUUAAAUGCUAAAACAAGAAAAA